AUGCACAAUUUUUCCGAAAUUUCUCCAUUUCUACUCAAAAUUCGAUCAUGUGUUUUUUUACCUCAAUGUGGUGGACGUUAUUUCCCUUCAGGAACACUUUAUCGUCCACAUCAUGAACGUUUUGAUGAGAAUUGUGAACGUAAACCACUGCCUCAUCCGGAAACUCCAAGGUUUCAAGAAAUUCCUGUAACAGAUCCUAGAAGUAAGGCGAAAAUUGCCGGUAAAAGACCGAUUCAUGUAAUUUGUGAACCUAACCAAGUUUAUUGGUGGUGUUCUUGUGGUCAUAGUAAACGUCAACCAUUCUGUGAUGGACAUCAUAUUCGGAUUUUAGGCUCAAAUCCAACCUUUAAAAUCAAUAAGCGAGAAUUCAAACCCAUUCGUUUAGUUUAUGAACAACCAUCUGAAGUAUGGUUUUGUACAUGUAAACAGACAUCAGAACCACCCUAUUGUGAUGGAAGCCAUAAUUGUGAAGAAGUACAGUCUAAAACUAAACACUAA